AUGUCAUUCCUCUUCAAAUAUUCUGCAGUUCUGCGGACCAUCAAGGCGCAUGAGCGCUGUCACAGAUUGAAGAGAGAGAAGAAGAAGUAUAGAAAUAAUGCAGAUAGCAUCAUCUGUAAGAGAUUGAAGAAGAAGACACAGAAGCUGACAGAGAAGAAGAGGAUUGAGGUCUUGUUCAGAUCUCAAAUACACUUCAUGAUUCAGAAUAUUGAGAAGACAGCCCUGCUCUCUGAGCAUAUCAAUCUACUUGUCACUGAGGUGGAACCUGAGACAGCAGAUCAGGAAAUGCGGGAUUUUGAGGUGCAGGUUGACCUGACUGAGAGAAAGCAGCAGGAACUCUUCUCUGAGAAGGCAGUGAAGAGAGAUUUUGAGAUGAUUAUCAUCUCAGAUGAGGAGAAGAAGAAGAAGAAGAAGAAUAAGAAGUGA